AUGGCAUUGUUGAAUGAGAUCAAAGGAAAGAUUACCCUUACAACGGACAUGUGGACUUCCAACCACCAAACAAAAAGUUAUAUGGCUGUCACUACUCAUUUCGUUGAUGAUAGUUGGGUUUUGCAAAACAAAAUAAUCAGGUUUAUAUAUGUCUCUUCUCCACACACUUCUGAGAUACUUUAUGAAGAAAUAAUGGAAUGUCUGUUAGAUUGGAAUAUUGAUCGAAAAUUGUCAUCAGUAACUGUAGAUAAUUGUAGUACCAAUAACUCUAUGGUUAAUAUGCUUGUUGAUAGUUUGUGUGGAAACUUAAUAUUGGAUGGGAGUUUAUUUCAUAUGCGGUGUUGUGCUCAUAUUAUAAAUUUAAUUGUGAAAGAUAGGUUGGCAAUGAUAGUAGAUGGGAUUGAAAGAGUACGUAGUAGUGUGUCUUUUUGGGUGCAUACACAAAAAAAGAAUGAGAAAUUUGAGGAAACUGCUCGACAGUUGAAUGUUUAUGAUGGUCAGAUGUUGAGUCUUGAUUGUUGUACUAGGUGGAAUUCUACAUAUUUUAUGUUAGCCACUGCAUUAAAGUACAAAGCUGUUUUUGAUCGAUUAAAACAACGAGAAUCAAAGUACAAGUGUUUUCCUUUGGAUCAAGAUUGGGUAUUAGCAAAAGAGAUAUGUGAGAAACUGAAAAUAUUUCACCAUGUGAUUGAAAUAUUUUCUAGAUCCAAAUAUCCUACUGCUAAUCUUUUUUUCCCAAAAAUUUGUAAAUUGAAAUUGGCUAUUUCUGAGUGGACUAAUUCUGGCAUUCAAGAUAUCAGAGACAUGACUUCAAAUAUGAUGUCAAAGUUUGAUAAGUAUUGGAAUAAAAUUCAUGGGGUAAUGGCCAUAGCUGCAGUUUUAGAUCCACAAUAUCAGCUGAAGCAUGAAGGUGAAGGUGAUGAUUAUCACGCUAGAAAUUUAGAUGGAACCUCACAGAAUAUAGAAUUUGAUGAUUUUAAUGAUUAUGACUUUUGGUGGAAAUUGAAUGGUGUCAAGUAUCCAAUUUUACAAGAAAUUGCAAGAGACAUAUUAGUCAUCCCGUUAUCUAGUGUUGCAUCAGAGUCUGCUUUUAGUACCAGUGGUAGGAUUGUAGGAAAAGAAAUGGUUAAACAUUUAGCAACUGUUUUAGAAGAUGUAGACGAUUCUGAUGAAGAUGGCGUGGUGACUAAGGUAUACUUCAUGGGGCUUGUGCAGUUGGGAAAUCCUGUUGAUUCUUUUCUUGAUUUUCAGAUCAGUCAAUGGCUUUGGGGAUUGGGGGCCACUAAUCAAUGA